GAUGUCCCACAGAUAUAUAAGGUACAGAUUUAUUAUUACUUUAAAAAAAUAUUUUGCAGUUCCUGAAAACAUACAAGUCAAUGAACGUGAGAUUUUUUUCGGAAAUGCAAAAUUAUAUAAAAUUAAAUUAUAAACAAAAAGUCACAUCUAGAUUAGUACUGUCAGUGGAUGGACAGAUCGAGUCAACCUGGGACACAUCGGCGCAUUUCACGGCGUUACGGCACGAACUCGUGGUUGCAGCCUCUGAUAUCACACCUUUAUCGUCAUUCUUUGGUAGAUCAAUAGAAUCAGACUUCAUCCAGUAGUCGAUGUACAUAAAUAAAGCUAUGGGGUGUGAAGACGAUCGUCAAGCCUAAUAAUUAUUGUCUCGAUAACGUUUGCGGCAUUCGAACUUUCUGUGCAGACACGAACUUACAUACACGUCCAUGGUGCAGACGACUUAACAAGGGCCAUAACCCAUACUUUGUCGGCGGUAUGUUUGGAUGAUGGCGGAGACAGUUGCCAAGCCGAAUGUGGAAUGGAAGAAGGCAACAAAAAUGAACUCCUCUGAUGAUUCCGAUUCGUAUGUACCAGGUGUGAACAAUAUGGGUAAUCUACGUCCAAAGUUGCAUGCUCGACGUACUCAUGAAGCUAAAGCAAAAACUACUGCUAAACAGGCUUCUGAAGAACACUUACAGUUAUCUACAUCAUUAAGCAUGCAAGAAUUAUCUCAGAGUCUAGAUGAACAAAAAUUGCAUUCCUCAGCCAGUAAACAAAGUAAAGUUUCACUUAAAGAUUUAUGUGUGGAGGACAAACGACGCAUUGCAAAUCUUAUUAAGGAACUUGCAAGGGUUGGUGAGGAACGAGAAAAGGCCAGAGAAGAACUGGAGAAAGAGAGGAAACAGUAUGAACAACAGCUUCUAGAGUUAGUGUAUCAGCAGGAGGUGAUUCUGAAAGAACGACAAGAGGUUGAAAAACAACUAAUUGACUGUCAGAAUUUGCUGGUGCAGUGUCAGGUGCAAAGAGCUUCUCUUCCACCAACAUCUCUCCCUCAGAUUACCCAAUGCCAGGGCAUCCAUGAUUCAAUAUUCACCAAUGUUAAACAGCGACCUGUUACUGCCAUGAUUGAUAAGGAGAUUGCAAUACAAAGACAUUCAUCAGUACAUCCACAGGCUCUUGGCAAUGGAGCAUGGCCUCAAAGUAAUUUUGUCCAUACCACUUUACCAGAGCCACUUUUUUCUCAUCAAGGACUUAGUUACAAAUCCCCUGCUGCAUGUGACCUCCAACCACAGCAACAGAGUAUAGUACAUCCAUCAUCUCCAGCUGAGUACGGUCAGUUAGAAACACAGGCUCCACAUUUAUAUAAUGUAUUUCUUACUCAUGGAGAAGAACUUCAAGCUAAUUUACAUACUUUUGCCUCUCGUGGAAAUAAAGAGGAUAUAAUGAAGAGAUUCCUUGCAAGUCAGUUGCAAGAAAAAGACAUUAAAUCUCCUGCUGCAUGUGAGCAAUCUGCAAAAGAGAAGAAGCAUUCAAAGUGUUCUAGAAAGUUUAUUCCACUUCUCCCUCCACGGAUGUCCUCUACACAGAAGAGUGCAGAAAUUGGUGAAUUCUUAUCUGUGAACACUUCAGCAUCUCACCAUGACUUUGUGCCUCUUGCUCCUGAUGAUAGUCCAGAAUCAUCAGCUCAAGGUGAUGGUGGAGAUAUAGUUAAGGGAGGGCCUGAAACUGACCGCAAAGUGGAUCAGAACUAUAGAGACCAGAGAAAAGUGAUGCUCACUGAAGCAGAGACAGAAAAGCAUCACUCACCUCUUGAUGGUAGAGAGGAAAACAGAGGUAAUGUCCAUGCCUAUUGCCAGCUCACACAGUUGGACCGGAAGCAGCAGCUGCUUGAGCAGCGUGCCCAGCUGUUAGAGGAACAGAAGCGCCUCAAGCAAAUACUGAGUGAGCAAGAAGCUAUGCUUAAGGAGAAGCAGCAGGCACUGUACCUUCGUGCCAACAAUGGGGCCAAUUAUGGCAGUGACAGAGACCCACAGGGUCUUGUUCCUCAAAGAAUAGCACUAGACACAGCUCUUGAACGCCAGAGAGCUGUUUUGGAGUCUCUAGAGGCACAAUCAAAACAACUUGCCAGCCCUAGAUGCUUAGAUUCUUCUGGUCAGAACCAGGAGAACCUUAAGGAAAAAAUAACUCAUUCAAAGAAAGUUGCAACUCAUCACGGACAAACCGCUGAUAACCAUGGCAAUACAUUCAUAGUACACCCUACCAAGCUGACCGACAUUGCAAAGAAGCUUGACUAUUCCCUGAUGUCUGAUCAAGAAGAGGUCAGGAAACGUGCUCCCUACUACACAGUACAAUCAGAUGUCAGUUCAUCUGAAGAUGAUGGUGAAGAUGGCAGGGAAAAUUAUCCAGAUGCGGGUGUUGAUAUCCAGGAUAACAUCAGUGAUAAUGGUGCGCUGUCUAAGAAGGUUGAUGCAGGAACAAGUGUUUCUUACCACCACAUACUCAGGCCUGCAAGUACGCCACAAGAAAAGAUAUGCCACACAGCUGACUGGGAAGGGCAUUCUCUAAAUGCCACUCACCCAGUACCCAGCCACAGAUCAUGUACCCCUGGAGAGAAAACUAUGACUGUCCUGGAGAUAAUAAAUUCCCAACCAGAGGGAUCACCACCACUCCACCACCAAACUCACCGUUUCUCCUCUAUUCGAGGCCAGUCUCAUGUCCUUCACCAUCAUUGGACCCACCAAGAGACCUCUCUUUUUAAACAAAACAAGGAGUUGCCUGUUUCUAGCAGGAGAGAGAGUGGCAACGUGGACAUAGAAGAAGACAAUAGCAGUAAUGAUGAUGCAGAAGAAAGCCAGAUACUAGAGGACAUUUUUUUUGUGAAGUGAAGAGGAAACAAUUUUUUUUUUUGACAGGUGUUGUUUGGAAGUAACAUUAACAGAUGAUAGAGCUUAUGACAGCUAGAUGUAUCAGUGAGAAGCUGUGAAAGAUGAGAGUGGGAAAGUGGGUGAUAGGACCAUCUAUGGUCACAAACUCGGUAAUUAACUGCUUUUUACCUUAAAAAAUCAGGGACAAAAGCCUAGCUUUUUUAUGCUGUGCAUCAUUAGUUGUUGCUCAGUACUCUUUUUGAAGCAGGUUAAUAAACUACCUCUUAUGUUUAUGUGGAAUGUACUUCUGCAUUUAUGUGCAUCAGUAUGAUAAGCACAUUUGCUCUUGAAAAAAACACUGCUGUUUGAAUAAAAAAAUAAACUUUGUGGAGUCUAGUCUAACCAGUUUUCUUUUUAAGCACUUAUUCUAUGUUAAAAUCAUAUAUGGGGUUGUUUUUGGCAAGUAGUUUUGGAUUUUCUUGUGGAUAUUAGAGGAAGAAAAUGAUUUGUCCCAAUUCCAUGUCCAGUACACACACUAGUGAGAUAGAAACAGCUUUAUCAAGCUCAUUAUCCUGCUUUGCACCUAAAGAUGUGUGUAGCUAAUGUCUGUGAGAAAACUAAAUGCACAGCUUCCCUGAUUUUUGGAUGAAAGAGGGGGAACCUCAAAAACGCGUUUAUUCUAAACUGAUUUUGUUUGCUUGAUGUACUAU